ACUCCGUUUAGUGUACUUACUAAAGAAACGACUUGACAGUGCAGUGUAAAAUAUGGUCGUUUAUCGUUUAAUUGUACAACACAGCACAACAUCCGUUUAUCCCCGCGACCUUGCUCGCCAAAUCCGAGCGCUUCAGUUGCCAAACGUCGUCGUUCAAGUUUCGCAGUGUUCUUUUCAUGGACAUGGAGGCAUCACAGACCAAUUCCGACAACCCUAGCCCUAGCCGUAAUGCGAAUUCGAUAUCUUCUUCUUCGCCGGUGUGGCCGACCAUAGACGGCCCACUCGGACUCUCAGAGGAAGACUCACUUAAUUAUGCCCGCAGAUUCUACAAAUUCGGCUUCCUUCUUCUUCCCUUGCUUUGGGCGGUCAACUGCUUCUACUUCUGGCCCGUUCUUCGUCAUUCUCGCUCCUUCCCGCGCAUUUACCACUAUGUUGUGAGAUCUGCAAUUGGGUUCGCAGUGUUUACUACCCUUCUCUCUUCAUGGGCCCUUACAUUUUCCAUUGGAGGGGAGCGCCUCUUUGGCCCUGUAUGGGAUCAACUAGUAAUGUACAACCUUGCUGACAAAUUAGGCUUGACCAACUGGAGCUAGAGAUGUAUGUCUAUUCUUAUUCUUUUUGCGUUGCCUUCCUUUGCUUUACUAUAUAUGUUGAUCUGGGUAGUUGGGAGUAUUGGAAAGGUUUGGUUUGUUUGCAUUAUUGCUUAUUACCAUAAAGGAUCUUGUAUAUCCUAUUGCUGUAAGGUGCUAUAUGCUGACAUUAAGUGAGAACUUGGUGCUCUCUAUCUUCAUCUUGUGUGCAAAAAUCAACCACGUGACACCACAUGACAUAAAAUCUGGUGUGGAAUCAAUCCUUACACCAAGGGAGAAUAUGAAGGAAUCCCAUUUUUUUAUUGCUGUGUUUGUUAACAAGUUAAUUGUUACCCAUUACUAUAUUAAUAAUAAUUUGUUUGUACGAGUAA